AUGUACAGUUCUAUAGGACGCGCGGGGCGCAUGAAGCCUCGGCUCGCUAAGCAAUUUCUAAAAAAGAUCCGCUUCAAAGGGGACACGAUAUGCCCGAACGGCAUGUUCCGGUGCCCCGAGGGCAAGUGCAUCCCCUCGCUGUGGCUGUGCAACUACCAAAGUGACUGUGCCAAGGGGGAGGACGAAUUCCAAGCAUGCCCCCCCCCGGAGUGCGAGCCGGGCCAGCUGACUUGUGGCCAGUACGUGUUCAACAAGACUUACUGCAUCCCGCCCCACUACCGAUGCGACAUGCACGUUGACUGCGUGGACGGGACCGACGAGGCAGACUGCACAUACCGCAAGUGCCAGACUGAUGACUUCCAAUGCGGCGCCGAGAGCACGAGCUCCAGCAAGCUCGCCUCUCAGGGCCUCUGCAUACCCAAGGAGAAGAAAUGUGACGGAUACCUGGACUGCCGGACGGGCAAGGAUGAGCAGGAUUGUCCCGGGCAGACGCUGUCCUGCCGCCUGGACCAGUUCCGCUGCGCCAACGGGGAGAAGUGCGUGGACGCUUCCGUCAAGUGUGACCACACUGACGACUGUGGCGACAACUCUGACGAGGCGCAUUGCAGCUUCCCGCCGUGCCACAUCGGGCAGUUCCGCUGCAGCAACGCGCUGUGCAUCCCCGCCACGUACCAGUGCGACGGGUACCGCGACUGCGGCGACGGCUCGGACGAGGCCAACUGCACGGCCAUCGCGUGCCCCGACAAUAAGUACCUGUGCCCGCGCGGCGCGCCCGGCGGCCUGCACAAGUGCAUCGCGCGCUCCCGCCUCUGCGACGGCAAGCGCGACUGCGAGGACGGCGCCGACGAGGAGUCCGCCUGCUCGACGUCCUCGUGCCCGGCGCUGGAGUGCGAGUACAAGUGCGUGGCGUCGCCGAACGGGGGCGCGUGCUCGUGCGCGGCCGGCCUGGCGCUGGCCGCCGACGGCCGCUCCUGCGCCGACCGCGACGAGUGCCACGACUGGGGGCCCUGCCACCAGCUCUGCGUCAACACCCCCGGAUCGUACUCGUGCGCGUGCGCGCCCGGCUACCAGCUGGAGGGGUCGGGGCGGUGCGAGGCGCGCGGCGCCGGCGCCUGGCUGGCGCUGGCGCACGCGCGCGGCCUCCUGCGGCUGGACGCGCUCUCGCACGGGCCGGCCGCGCCGCCGCCGCCGCUGCUGCUGGCCAACGCCACGGGCGCCGCCGGCAUCGACUUCCACUACCGCCGCAACAUGCUCUACUGGUCCGACCUCAAGACCCGCAAGAUCCACUCGCAGCCGCUGAACGCGCCGGCCGGCAUCAGCACGGCGUACGGCGCGGACAUCUCGCUGGCGGGCUCGUGGGCGCCGGUGGCGCUGGCUGUGGACUGGGUGGGCGACAAGCUGUACGUGGCCGACUCGCUCGGCCAGAAGGUGGACGUGUUCGAGCUGGACGGCCGCUGGCACGCCGUGGCCUUGGCCUCCAACCUCUCCAGCCCCAGCGACCUGGCGCUCGACCCCACGCUCGGCCUCAUGUUCAUCGCCGACAGCAGCCAGAUCAUUCGUGCAAACAUGGACGGAACUCACGCCAGAUCAAUAGUAUCAGAGGCAACGUAUAAGGCGUCGGGAAUAGCGGUAGACACAAUUGCAAGAAGAAUAUUUUGGUGUGACUCUCUCCUCGAUUACAUUGAAACAGUCGACUACGACGGAAACCACAGAUUUCUCGUCAUCAGAGGUCAACAAGUGCCGAGUCCAUCCAGACUGGCCCUAUUCGAAGACCGAGUCUUCUGGUCGGAUAGCACCAAGCAAGGCAUCAGCUCUGUGAGCAAGUACGAGGGAGCCAGCAGCAUACAGGCGAUAUACAAAAUGAAGGACAUUAUCAGCCCGAAAGCCGUCACAGUGGUGCAUUCGUUGAAGCAAACGUCCGUGAACAAUCCUUGCGGCAACACCAACGGCGGCUGCUCGCAGAUGUGCAUCGUCACUGCGCUACCGAAUGGGGGCUUAGGUUAUCGCUGUGCGUGUAACAUUGGCUACAGACUGGAAACCGAUUUGAGAAACUGCGACCUCGUCAACGAGUUCCUGAUGUAUUCCCAGCAGAGAUUCAUCAAAGGGAAAGUUCUCAAUCCCGUGAUUGAGGGCUUCAGCGAAGCGAUCCUGCCCAUAGUCUCGAGACGCGCCCGAUUCGUCGGUCUCGACUUUGAUGCACGCGAUGAACACAUUUACUACUCGGACGUUUUACAAGACGUAAUCUACAGGGUUCACAGGAACGGUACAACCAAAGAAAUAGUCUUAGCAUCACAGAACGAGGGCGUCGAGGGCCUAGCUGUGGACUGGGCCUCGAAGAAUCUGUACUACAUCGAUUCCAGGAAAGGAACUCUGAAUGUGUUAUCGACAAGGAAUGUGAGUUACAAAAGGACUCUACUGAAGGAUCUGAAACGACCACGCGCUAUCGUCGUCCAUCCGAACAAGGGGUUCAUCUUUUUUUCGGAAUGGGACCGUCCGGCCAACAUCAGCCGAGCGAACACCGACGGAACCGGUCUACUGGUCUUCGAGAACGUCACGUUGGGCUGGCCCAACGGACUGUCGAUCGACUUCGACGCAGACAGGCUCUAUUGGUGCGACGCUCUACUUGACCACGUGCAGCACUCGAAACUGGACGGCACCGACGUGAACACCAUCAAUUCCCGUCUGAUAAGGCAUCCGUUCUCCAUCGUCAUCCACAAGGAGUUCAUGUACAUAACCGACUGGAGGCUCGACGCCAUCGUUCGGUUGCACAAGCUGACCGGUGAACAGGAGGACAUAAUGGUCAGGGAGCCGCAGACGAACCGCCUCUACGGCGUGAAGGUCUAUAGCGAGCACGUGCAGAAGAUCGACCCGAUGCAGCCGUGCGCCCGCAACAACGGCAACUGCCAGAAGCUGUGCUUCGCCGUGCCCAGGAACAACACGGAGCUGCUGACGGUGAAGUGCGGCUGCCCGUACGGGGAGAAGCUGGCGGCGGACAGCACCAGCUGCGUGGCUGACCCGAGCGCCGAGCCGCCGCUGCAGGCCUGCCCCAACUCCUGGGACUUCACCUGCAACAACCAGCGCUGCAUCCCCAAGAGCUGGGUGUGCGACGGCGACGACGACUGCUUGGACAACAGCGACGAGGAGCAAAACUGCACCAAGACGACGUGCGGCGCGUCGGAGUUCAUGUGCAAGUCGGGGCGCUGCGUGCCGGCCACGUUCGUGUGCGACUCGGAGAACGACUGCGGCGACUUCUCGGACGAGACGGGCUGCGUGAACGCCACCUGCGGCGCCUCGCAGUUCCAGUGCGACAACGGCCGCUGCGUGCCCGCCACCUGGAAGUGCGACUCGGAGAACGACUGCGGCGACGGCUCCGACGAGGGCGCGCACUGCGCCGAGAAGACCUGCGCCUACUUCCAGUUCACGUGCCCGCGCACCGGCCACUGCAUCCCCGCCUCGUGGGUGUGCGACGGCGACGACGACUGCUUCGACAAGCAGGACGAGGCCGACUGCCCGCCCGUCUCCUGCCUCGCCAGCCAGUUCAAGUGCGCCGACCUCAAGCAGUGCGUGCAGGAGGCGUACAAGUGCGACGGCAUCCCGGACUGCAACGACGGCAGCGACGAGGCGGGCUGCCCCGCGCUGGCGCCGCACCAGUGCGCGCCCGACAAGCAGGUGCAGUGCCGCUCCUCCGGCAUCUGCAUCCCGCGCACCUGGUACUGCGACGGCACGCCCGACUGCGAGGACCUGUCGGACGAGCCGGCGGCGUGCGGCGCCGUGGCGUGCGGCGCGCACCACUUCCGCUGCGCCAACGGCCGCUGCGUCUUCAAGGCGGCCGUGUGCGACGGCCGCGACGACUGCGGCGACGGCUCCGACGAGGGGCAGCGCCACGCCUGCGCCCCGCCCCCGCCCAGGUGCCUCUCUGGUCAAUGGUCGUGUCCAGGGAUCACAGGUCGCUGUGUAAAUCUCACGCAAGUAUGCGACAACAAGUUCGAUUGCCCGAAUGGAGCCGACGAAGGUGCAAGUUGUGACUUUGCGGAAUGCGAACACCAAAGCGGUCUCUGUUCCAACGGCUGCAAGCAAACGCCCAACGGUCCCCUCUGCCUCUGCCCGGUGGGCGAGGAGUUGGACGCCGACGGCUUCACGUGCAAGGACAUGAACGAGUGCGAACCGCCCGGUCUCUGCUCCCAAUCCUGCACCAACACCAAGGGCUCCUACUUCUGCAGUUGCGUCGAAGGCUACCAGCUCAACACGGAUAAGCAUUCCUGCAAAGCCAACAACCAUUCCAGCGCGUUCCUUAUCAUUUCCAACCGGCAUUCGAUACUGGUCGCCGACCUUAACGAGCAAGGCCUGGAAAGAGUACCGAUAAACGUGGAGAAUGUUGUCGCAACGGCCUCCAACAUGCACACCGGAACGAUCUUUUGGUCCGACAUGAAACUUAAGAAAAUAUCACGGUUGGACCGCGGUAGCGAGCCUCAGGUGAUCAUAUCCACCGGGUUGGACCUAGUCGAGGGCUUGGCAUAUGAUUGGGUCGGUGGAAAUAUCUACUGGUUGGACAGUAAACUGAACACUAUCGAGGUGGCCAAGGAAGAUGGCAGCGCAAGGACGACCUUGCUGAGUGGAAAUAUCACGCAGCCCAGAGGAAUGUGCCUGGACCCGGCGCCAACUGCUAAAUGGUUAUUCUGGACCGACUGGGGCGAGAACCCUCGGAUCGAGAGAGUCGGCAUGGACGGCACACAAAGGUUGGCCAUCAUUACGACCAAGAUAUAUUGGCCCAAUGGAUUGACUUUGGAUACCGCGACUCAGAGAGUGUACUUCGCCGACUCCAAGUUGGACUUCAUCGAUUUCUGCUAUUACAACGGAACGGGAAGACAGCAAGUUCUGGCGGGCAGUCACUACUUACUGCACCCGCAUUCGUUGACGCUCUUCGAAGACACGCUAUAUUGGACGGACCGCCAGUUGAAUAGAGUUCUCUCUGCUCACAAAUUCAAGGGAACGAACCAGACGGUUGUCUCGCAUCUGAUCUCACAGCCGCUCUCUAUUCACGUCCACCACCCAUCGCUUCAGCCGCAAUACCCAUCGCCGUGCAAAGGAAACACGUGUGAGCACCUGUGCCUACUCAGUCCGAACGAAACGGCCCCACAUACUUGCAUAUGCAAGCCUGGAUUCAAAUUGCUGCCUGACGGAAAAUGCAUUGAAGAGGAAUCCGCAUACUUGAUGGUUCUUAAGGGAUCUCAAAUUAUUGAUGUCUCCACUGACGGUUCCGGUAGAGCGGGACAACUUUCGCCAGUUGUAGGAAUCCAAGGUGGCGUACAACUGGACUACGACCGCCAAGGCCACAUGCUGUACUGGCUCCAGUCCAUAACUGGCGAUAGCGACGACGACGAGAACUGCACGAUCUACAGUAUGCCUUAUGGCGGUGGCAAUAAAGUCGAAUUCUUCGGACAGGACACGGGCAUCGUUGGGGCGCCUUCCGCCAUUGCGUUCGACUGGCUCGGAAGGAACUUGUUCAUGACGAACAGAGCCGCGAGCAACAUCGAGCUCAUACGCGUGGACGGCAAAGUUAAAUAUAGGACCAUUGUUUUCGCCAACGAUGGUAGCAAGCCGUCCAUUGCGAGACCACGGGGCAUAUGUUUAGAUCCAACGGAAGGAAAAAUAUAUUGGUCCGACGAAGGGGGGUAUGGAGUACCCGCGAAAAUCGGCAAAGUGAAUAUGGACGGAACGAAUCCCGUUAUUUUGGUUGACGUCAUAGAAAGACCAGAAGCUGUAGCGAUUGAUGUGGAAAAGAAAAUCGUGUACUUCAGCACGCAGUUCCCCGCUAGCAUCAAUAGUGUGAAUACUGAGGGUAACGAUAGAAAGACAAUUUUAACCGAAGCUAACGCCAUCUCGUACCCAAAGGUCAUCGCUGUACUAGACUCCCGCCUAUACGUGCUGGAUCCCCGACACGAAAAAAUCGUUAAGGCCGACCUUCCUAACGGCGACAACAUCAAAGUUAUCCUCGACAACGAAAGCGACCUGAAAUCGUUGACAAUAUUCCAAAAGAGAAAGAUGAUGCACCACCAUCCCUGCUCGUUGAACAACGGCGGCUGCGAACAGAUUUGCAUACCGAGCGAAGGAGGAUCCCGAAUUUGCUCCUGCUCCAUUGGCUAUAGGAAGGAAAAUGAGGUCAACUGUGUCCCAUACAAGACGUUCGCUGUCGUCUCGCAGUUGGACCUUAUCCGCGGCUACAGCUUGGAGAGCAGCGCCGAGGCGAUGGUGCCGGUGACCGGCCAGGGCCACCACAUCCUGCACGUGGACGUCCACUUCGCCGAUAACUAUAUCUACUGGGUCGAAUUCAACCGCGGCCAAUGGAACGGUAUAUUCCGCGUCCGGCCCAACGGCACCGAACUGGAACAUAUCAUCAAAGACGGAAUCGGCAGCAACGGCAUCAGAGGCCUGGCGGUCGACUGGGUCGCGGGUAACUUGUAUUUCACAAACGUGUUCCCGCACGAGAACUACGUUGAAAUGAGCUGGCUCGAUGGCUCCCAUAGGAAAGUACUCGUUAAGACGACGAUGGACGCUCCGAGAGAGCUCGCCGUCAAUCCGCUGAAGAGGCUUCUUUACUGGAUCGAUUACGGACAAUAUCCGCGAAUAGGUAAGGCAUACCUCGAUGGCAGCAACUGGCAGACUGUUGUUAGUUCUGGCAUUUCAAACCCCAGAGAUUUGACCAUUGAUAUGUUAACUCACGACGUCUACUGGGUCGAUUCCAAAUUGGAUCAAAUACAGAAGAUUUCAUACAACGGCGGCAACAGGCAAUUAAUCAGGUCGAACCUUCCUAAUCCUAUGGGCAUAGCGAUUCACACGGGAAGUGUUUACUGGGUAGAUAGGAAUCUUCAAACUGUAUAUAAGGCAUCCAAGUUGCCAGGAAAUAUGUCAAUGCCAGAAAAACUUAGAACCAAUCUGCCGAAAUUGAGGGAUAUUGUCAUAUUUGACGUGAACAAUCAGCCAACAGAUGACAACAAUCCUUGUCGAAAACUUGGCAACGGAGGCUGUGACCAACUGUGUUUUAGUUAUCCACCUGAAGCAAAUAAGGGUUACACACAUAGAUGCGAGUGUGCAACGGGACAAAUAUCGGCAACCAACCCUAAGAAAUGCGACGUUGUGGAUGAAUAUCUUGUGUUCACGACAAGAACCGAAAUCCGCGCCGUAAACUUAGAUCCCAAAUCAACGGGGGUACCGUUCAAACCCAUCGGCAAUUUGACCAAUGUCGUUGGCGUUGAAUUCGAUUAUGCCGAUAACAAACUCUUUUUCACCCAAAUCAGACCGUGGGCCCGAAUUGCGUGGAUGUCGUCACUGAAUCCGGACUCAUCGAAUAUUCAAAACAUUAUUAGUAAAAACAUAAAUCCGGAAGGAAUUUCUUACGAUUGGACCCAGAAGAAAAUUUAUUGGACUGACAGUUCGAAUAAUUCCAUCUACGCCAUGAAUCUUGACGGUACCGAGCUAGUUAUGAUCGCCAGGGUGGAACGCCCAAGAGCGAUCGUCGUUGAUCCCUGUAAUGGUACUCUUUAUUACACUGACUGGGGACGAUUCGGAACUUCGGGUAAGAUCUAUAGAACCACAAUGGCCGGAUCCCUUAAAAAGGCUAUUAUCGACAAAGAUUUAUCUCAGCCAAGCGGUUUAACAAUUGAUUUCGAAGAGAGUAUGCUUUACUGGACGGACGCUGUUCGAGAAAAAAUCGAAAGGUCGAAAAUGGACGGUUCGGAGAGGGAAGUUCUGAUAUCCGCAACCAUAUAUCCAUUCGCUAUCACUGUAUUCAGGAAUUUUAUCUACUGGACCGACUUGCAACUACGCGGCGUAUACCGUGCCGAAAAGCAUACCGGCGCCAAUAUGAUAGAGAUGGUUAAGCGUUUGGAAGACUCUCCAAGAGAUAUACACAUCUACAGUACGAGUAGACAGUUGUGUAAGAAAAACUCGUGCCUUAUAAGCAAUGGAGGCUGUGCGCAAAGCUGUCACCCCGCUCCCAACAAUUCCGUCGAAUGCAAAUGCGAUGACAAUACAAAACUGGUCAACGAGGGGCGCAUGUGCGUCGCGAAGAAUAUCAGCUGUGAUCCGAGCAAGUUCUUCUGCGCCAACGGCAAGUGCAUCAGCCGCAUGUGGUCCUGCGACGGCGACGACGACUGCGGAGACAACUCGGACGAGGACAAGAACUACUGCGCCUACCACUCGUGCUCGCCCAACGAGUUCCGCUGCAACAACGGCCGGUGCAUAUUCAAAUCGUGGAAAUGCGACCACGAGAACGAUUGCAAAGACGGUUCCGACGAAGAGGGAUGCAUAUACCCGCCGUGCGCCGAAGGAGAGUUCACUUGCCUCAACUCGCGCUGCAUUCCAAUGACCCAAGUUUGCAACGGAAUCAACGACUGCAAGGACAACAUAACGUCGGACGAAACGCACGAGCGCUGCCCGAGGAACACCACGUGCCCCGCAAACCACCUGAAAUGUGAAAAGACGAACAUAUGCGUGGAGCCAUACUGGCUGUGCGACGGCGACAACGACUGCGGCGACAACUCUGACGAGGAGCCGCUGCACUGCGCGCAGAGGACCUGCCCGCAGAACAGCUUCCGCUGCCCCAACCACCGCUGCAUCCCCGCCACCUGGUACUGCGACGGCGACGACGACUGCGGCGACGGCGCCGACGAGCCGCCCGAGUACUGCCGCUCUGAGGGGCGCACCUGCUUCGGGGACCUGUUCACGUGCGACAACGGCAACUGCAUCCCGCGCAUCUACAUCUGCGACGGGGACAACGACUGCCUCGACAACAGCGACGAGGACGACCGCCACCAGUGCAACGAGAGGAAGUGCGACCCCGAAACCGAGUACACCUGCGAGGAGAACAAGUUCUGGAACCGCGCCCAGUGCAUCCCCAAGAAGUGGGUCUGCGACGGCGACCCGGACUGCAUCGACGGCACCGACGAAAACUCCACCAUACACCACUGCUCGACGCCCACACCUUGCUCCGAGGACCAGUUCCAGUGCAACAACGGCAGGUGCAUCAACCAAGGCUGGGUUUGCGAUCACGACAACGACUGUGGAGACGGUUCCGACGAAGGCAAACACUGCAACACGCAAUACAAGCAGUGCACUGAUCAAGAAUUCAAAUGCCAGAACUUCAAGUGUAUCAGGAACCACUUUAGGUGUGAUGGUGAAGAUGAUUGCGGUGAUCACUCGGACGAAGUCGGGUGUGUUAAGGAUAAUAAGACGUGUCCCGCGGGUCAGUUUAAGUGCAAUAAUGAUCAGUGCAUCGAUAACCGCCUCGUAUGCAACAAGGUAUCUGAUUGUUCGGACGACUCCGAUGAGCCGGCUCAUUGUAACGUCGACGAGUGCGCCAAGUUAGAAAUCAACCAAUGCGGCCACAAAUGUAUUGACACUUUGACCGGAUAUUAUUGCGACUGCAACCAAGGCUAUAAACUGCUGGCUGAUGGAAAAGCCUGCGCUGAUAUAGACGAGUGCGUGGAAACGCCCGGUGUCUGUUCGCAGUACUGCUCCAACACUCCUGGUUCCUACUACUGUAAAUGUAACGAUCAAUAUUACGAAAGGGAAGCCGACGAGCGCACGUGUAAGAGAAAGGACAACAUGACAGCAUGGGUUAUAUUCACCAACAAGUAUUACGUGCGAAACAUGUCGACUGACGCUUCCCUAUACAACUUGGUGCACCAAGACUUGAUGAAUGUCGUCGCUAUUGAUUUCGAUAUCAAGGAGCAGAAGAUGUACUUCGCUGAUGUUUCCGCGAAAACGAUAUACAGAUCGGAUUAUUCAGAUCCUAAUCCGACGAAGGAAGUUGUAAUCAGACACGAUUCCCACGGGCUGGAAGGCAUCGCUAUUGAUUGGAUAGGUAGGAAGAUUUACUGGUUAGACCGCCAUUCAAAGAACCUAGACGUCGCUGAAUUAGACGGUACUAGAAGAAAGACUCUUAAGACUGGAAUAGCCGAUCCGCGUGCAAUUGUGGUACACCCUGGUACAGGAUACUUGUAUUACACGUCGUGGCAUCUACAAGCCUACAUUGGUAAGAUCGGAAUGGACGGCUCAAACUUCACGGCCAUAUUGAACUGGGAAGACGAUAUCGCCUGGCCGAAUGCACUCACCAUCGAUUACUUUACUGAUAGAAUAUACUGGGCCGACGCUCACUUGGAUUAUAUCGGUUCAGCGGACUUGGAAGGCCGUCAUAGGCAUGUAGUAUUGUCUGGCUCCAAGGUACCACACGUGUUUGCUCUGAGCUUAUUCGACGACGAAAUAUAUUGGACAGACUGGAACCUCAAAGCUAUUAGCAAAGCCAAUAAACAUUCUGGAGAAAAGCUUACUGUAUUAAGGAAUACUACUCACCGUCCUUAUGAUAUUCACGUAGUGCAUCCUUUGAGGCAGUUAACUUACCCUAAUCCUUGUGGAACAAAUAAUGGUGGCUGUUCUCACUUGUGUUUAAUUGCACCGCCUCACGAAUCCAGUUACUUGAACAUAGAAGGCUAUGGCGAAGAGGGUGCGACAACGUACAAAUGCGCCUGUCCCAACCAGUUCUACUUAUCAAGAGAUAUGAAAACAUGUAUCGCUAACUGUACAGAUGGUCAGCAUAGAUGUAACGGUAGGGACGAGAAAUGCAUACCAUGGUUUUGGAAAUGCGACGGUGAAAAAGACUGUAUGGAUGGUUCCGACGAGCCAGACACUUGCCCUGUCAGGCACUGCAGGGCCGGUUCCUUCCAAUGCAAAAACACUAAUUGCACACCCGCAGCGACCAUAUGCGAUGGUACUGACGACUGCGGUGACGGAAGCGAUGAAGCCGAGUGCCUACACGAGUGUCCUCUUCUAGAAUUUAAGUGCAAGACCAGCGGAAGGUGUAUACUGGACAGCUGGAAGUGUGACGGUGACACGGACUGCAAAGACAACAGCGACGAAGACCCCGCAAUGUGCCACAACAGACCGUGCAAUCCGGAUACGGAAUUCUCUUGCAAGAACGGCCGCUGCAUACCCAAGUUGUGGAUGUGCGACUUCGACAACGACUGCGGCGAUGACUCCGACGAGCCCGCGUAUAUGUGCCGCCAAAAGAACUGCACAACCGGAUGGCGGAGAUGUCCCGGACAGUCGAAUUACAGGUGCAUACCCAAGUGGCUGUUCUGCGACGGCAAGGACGACUGCAGGGACGGGUCCGAUGAGCUCCCGGAGAACUGCCCUAGUUGUAACGCGGAAACCGAUUUCACCUGCGAGAACAAACGCUGCAUACCGAAGCAGUGGCUGUGCGACUUCACCGACGACUGCGGCGACGGCAGCGACGAGGCCGAGUCGGUCUGCCAGCACAAGUACAGGGAGUGCUCCGAGUCCGAGUUCAAAUGCGGCAACGGCAAAUGCAUUUCGUCGCGAUGGCGCUGCGACCACGAGGACGACUGCGGCGACAACACGGACGAGUCCGACUGCGGCGGGUUCAAGUGCAACAACGGCACCUUCCAGUGCAAGUCCGGCCACUGCGUCGCCGCCUACUUCAGGUGCGACGGCGACAGAGACUGCAGAGAUUUAUCGGACGAAAUCGGGUGCCCGCCGCGGUACCCCGGCGGCAGAUACUGCCCCGAGAGCAGGUUCCAGUGUGCGAACAACCUGUGCGUGUCGCAGUCCGACCUGUGCGACGGGACGGACGACUGCGGCGACGGCUCGGACGAGGCGGCCUCCAUCUGCACCAACUUCAACUGCGACACAUUACGCCGAUUCCACUGCGACAAUCAUCGCUGCGUGCCAAGGUACCAGGUGUGCGACGGCGUGGACAACUGCGGCGACGGCUCGGACGAGAACAACAUGACGCUGUGCGCGUCGCGGCUGCGGCCGUGCGACCCGCUGGCGCAGUUCCAGUGCGCCAACCGGCGCUGCGUGGCGCGCGCCCAGCUCUGCGACCUGCGCGACGACUGCGGCGACGCCUCCGACGAGCUGGGCUGCCACUCCACCCGCGCCUGCGACGCCCGCUCCAAGGGCGGCUGCGAGCAGUUCUGCACCAACAUCACGACGCCCGCGGGCACGGCGGGCGGCUACAUCUGCACCUGCUUCCCGGGCUACAUCAUCGCCGCCGGCGACAGCAAGAAGUGCGUGGACGUGGACGAGUGCGUGGCCGGCACCCACCGCUGCAGCCACCUCUGCAACAACCUCAACGGCAGCUACAGCUGCGCCUGCCGCGAGGGCUUCCAGUUGGCCGACAACUUGUCCGGCGUCUGCAAAGCGAUCGAGGACGACGUCGUGCUGAUGUUCGCGAACGGGCCGGUGAUAAAAGCCUUCGACCAAAACAAGAACGAGGAGUUCGACGUCAUCAAUUCGGAGAAGAGGAUCGAGGCCAUCGAUUACGAUCCACAGCAGGAGAUGGUCUUCUGGGCGGACAGCUACGAGAAGACCAUAAAGCGGUCGUACAUGGUCAACGCUCUAGACGGACAAGUGAAGACUGGGUUCGCUCAGGAUUUGAACAUGAAGGGCAAUUCGAAACCGACCGCGAUAGCUGUAGACUACGUCGGGGACAAUUUGUACUGGACCGAGGCGGACAGGACGGGCUCGAAGCCGAGGGGCCGCGUCAUGGUGGCCAGGACCGACGGCAGAUAUAGGAGGGCGCUGGUUUCGGCCGGAAUCGAGAGCCCGACGUCUGUGGCGCUCGAUCCGCAGAUGGGGCGCAUGUUCUGGGCCGACGCCGGCUCCGCGCCCAAAAUAGAGAUCGCCUGGAUGGACGGCUCCAAGAGGCGGCCCGUCGUCACGGAGAACAUUAGGCACCCCACGGGCUUGGCCAUCGACCACGCCAUGGACCACGCGAUAUACUGGGCGGACACCAAGCUCAACACGAUCGAGAUGAUGCGGCACGACGGCUCCAACAGGAAGGUGAUCCUGAAGGGCGACAUGCUCAAGCAUCCCCUCUCGCUGGACGUGUUCGAGUCGUCGCUCUAUUGGGUGACGAGGGACACGGGCGAGCUCGUGAAACAGGACAAGUUCGGAAGGGGGGUGCCGUUCGUCAUCUCCAAAGAUCUAGUCAAUCCAUCGGCUGUGAAAGUGUACCACCCGCGGCGCUACAACUCGACGGGCGCGCAGCGCGCGGCCUGCUCGCGGCUGCCGUGCUCGCACCUGUGCCUGGCCGUGCCCGCGGGCCGCCGCUGCGCCUGCCCCGACCAGCAGCUGCCGCCGAAGCGCGCGGCGCAGCAGCUGGCCUGCGACGCGCCGGUGGAGGGGCCGCGCGCGCUGCCGCUGGCCUGCCCCUGCCGCAACGGCGGCUGGUGCGAGCCCGCCGAGCCCGCCGUCGGCGACGAGCCGCGCUGCCGCUGCCGCGCGCCGCUGCUGCCGCCGCGCUGCGAGGCGCCCUCGCCGCCUUGCCAAGCCGCCGCGCACGUGCUGCUGCCCGCGCUGCUGGCCGCCGCGCUGGCGCUCGCCGCCGCCGCCGCCGCCUUCUUCGUCAUCCGCAAGCGGCCCUUCGGCAAGGGCGUGGGGCUGGGCAGCCUGGCCUCCUCGCAGAGCGUGUCCUUCCGCGCCGGCUCCAACGUGGAGUUCGGGGGCGUGGGCGGGGCGGGGGCUGCGGCGGGGGCGGGGGCGGGGGCGGACGCGUACGCGCUGCACGAGCCCCGCGCCGGCCGCGACUUCAGCAACCCCAUGUACGACGCCGUGGUCAGGACGCACCCCGACGUCGAGCCCGCACUGCCCGGCAUCUACGAGGUGCCCGAGGAGGUGAAGGAGAAGGUGGGCUCGGCGGUGCUGUCGCCCUCGUCGAGCGAGACGGCGACGGCGCUGGCGGGGGCGGGCGCGGGCGCGGGGGGCAAGCGCGCGCUCGACCCCGCCGCCGACCUCGGCCGCGACACGCAGCGCCUCGUCAGAGAGGACCGCCACGACCACGACGCCGACUGC